CACACACACACACACACACACACACACACGAGUAGUAUAUAAUUAACGCCCUAGGAAAAUGUCACUUCAUUCGCUUGCAGCGUGCUCACCAACAUCUGCGGAAUGAGGUUCUUGGUCGCCUUCGUUGGCCUGUUGUGUGUGGCGAGAGCAGCAUUAUCCUUCCAUCUUCCUGCUGCCCAAUCCCCACUCUCCCUUGGCCUUCUUGCUGGGGAUGUGGCUGUUGACCGGGGGAUCUCUCCACGCCUUAUGGCCACUGAUGAUGAUGGUGAUUCACGUAUGAUGAGGGACGCCUCUGCUUCUGAUUCAGCUUCAUCUUCUGAAGAGUCUGAUGAUUCUAGUAAUUCUUCUUCACGCAUGAUGAGGGACGACUCUACUUCUGAUUCUUCUACUGAUUCACGAAUGAUGAGGGACGCCUCUGCUUCUGAUUCUGCUUCAUCUUCUAAUGAGUCUGAUGAUUCUAGUAAUUCUGGUUCUUACUCACGUAUGAUGAGGGAUGACUCUGAUUCUGAUUCUGAUUCUGGUUCUAGUGUUUCUAAUGAUUCACGCAUGAUGAGGGACGCCUCUGCUUCUGAUUCUGCUUCAUCUUCUAAUGAGUCUGAUGAUUCUAGUAAUUCCUCUUCACGCAUGAUGAGGGACGACUCUACUUCUGAUUCUUCUACUGAUUCACGAAUGAUGAGGGACGCCUCUGUUUCUGAUUCUGCUUCAUCUUCUAAUGAGUCUGAUGAUUCUAGUAAUUCUUCUUCACGAAUGAUGAGGGACGACUCUGCUUCUGAUUCUGCUUCAUCUUCUGAAGAGUCUGAUGAUUCUAGUAAUUCUUCUUCACGAAUGAUGAGGGACGACUCUGCUUCUGAUUCUGCUUCAUCUUCUAAUGAGUCUGAUGAUUCUAGUAAUUCUUCUUCACGAAUGAUGAGGGACGACUCUGCUUCUGAUUCUGCUUCAUCUUCUAAUGAGUCUGAUGAUUCUAGUAAUUCUUCUUCACGAAUGAUGAGGGACGACUCUGCUUCUGAUUCUGCUUCAUCUUCUAAUGAGUCUGAUGAUUCUAGUAAUUCUUCUUCACGAAUGAUGAGGGACGCCUCUGCUUCUGAUUCUGCUUCAUCUUCUAAUGAGUCUGAUGAUUCUAGUAAUUCUGGUUCUUACUCACGCAUGAUGAGGGAUGACUCUGAUUCUGAUUCUGGUUCUAGUGUUUCUAAUGAUUCACGCAUGAUGAGGGACGCCUCUGAUUCUGAUUCUGAUGAUGAAUCAACUUCUGAUGAUUCUAGUAACUGAUGAUGGUUAUGAUGACUCACGCAUGACGAGAGCCGACCCUGAUUCAAAUGUGGACAAUGAUUUUGAGGAUGAUGAUUUUAAAUCUAAUGAGUCUGAACCUGAAGAUGAUGAUAAGUUAGAAUAAGUAAGAGGGAGAGUGAUAUUUCUAAUUCAAGAGAACCAGUGAUCCCUGUAACCGAGGAGAACCAUUGAUACCUUUAAACAGAACCAAUAAUCUCUAUGACUCAAGAGAAGAAAAAUAUCCCUCCGAUUCAAGAAAACUAAGGAUGCGUCCAGUAGAGAAUUAAUGAUCCCUGUGAUUCAGAAGAACCAAAGUUGCCUCCAAAUCAAGAGAAACAGUUACAGCGACAUUGAGACUGACAGCGAGCACUGAUACCUACGAUACCACUGAUGCCUUCUCAUUUGCAAUCAUACAUGUAAACAUGAAAAGUAAAUAAAGUAUUUAUUGGCUAA